AUGACUGUAGCUGAAUUUUUCGGAUGUGCAUUCCUCGCCUUUGGAACUCCACUUGCUAUGUUUUGCUUCACAAUCAGUGAUUCUCCAAUUAAAAUAAUUUUAUUAAUAUUUUCAUCAUUUUUGUGGCUGCUGGCACUGUUGAUCUCUUCAUUUAUUUGGUUCAUAUUUAUUCCACUACGAGACUAUCUCAUCUUUGGGGUUCUGGUGUCGGUGCUUAUUCAGGAAGGAUUCCGGUACAUUGUCUACAAACUCCUAGACAAGACUAGUGCUGGACUCGAGGAACUAGCUGGAAACUCACUUGUUACUCACAACAAGCCAGUCUUGGCUUAUGUCUCUGGAUUAGGCUUUGGAAUCAUUUCUGGACUUUUUCAAAGCUUAAAUAUUCUCGCAGAUGCUGGCAGUGGACCUGGAACUGUUGGAUUAAAAAGUGGAAGUGACUUUUUCUUCAUCACAAGUGCUACUUUUGCACUGUGCAUUGUCCUCCUUCAUACAUUCUGGAAUGUGAUUUUCUUUAAUGGAAUUCAUCAUCACAAUAAGAUUAACAUCAUUUAUGUUGUAUUAAGUCACUUGAUCUUUUCAUGUAUAACACUUUUGAAUUCUUAUCAGCUUUAUGGAUUGACACUGACUUUAUCCAUUGCUAAUGUGAUUAUUACUAUGCUGAUUGCAUUUAAGACUGUUGGAGGCUCUGUGAUGAAGUUGAAGCAAUGCAUUGCUUGUCAGUGA